UAUCAACCAAGUAGUUUGUUUGCUGCAAACGAGAACUCAUUGAUUCUACUGUUGUGUUACUCAUGCUGAAUAUAAUGUUAUUAUCGAAGAAAAUGGGUCGUUUGGAUGGGAAAGUGAUAGUCCUUUCUGCAGCAGCACAAGGCAUUGGAAAAGCCUCUGCGAUAGCUUUUGCCAAGGAAGGUGCUCAAGUCACCGCUACAGAUAUCAAUGGGGAGAAACUUAAAGAGCUGGAUGGCAUUCCAGGUAUCAAAACCAAAGUUGUUGAUGUUACCAAGAAAGACCAAGUGGAGGCCUUGGCCAAGGACUUUGACCAUGUGGAUGUGCUCUUCAAUGUUGCUGGAUUUGUCCAUCACGGCUCAAUACUGGAGUGUGAGGAAUCAGACUGGGACUUCACCAUGAAUGUGAAUGUCCGUAGCAUGUACCUGAUGAUCAAGGCUUUCCUUCCUAAGAUGCUGGCUCGUAAAUCUGGUAAUAUCAUCAAUAUGGCAUCUGUGGCAUCUAGUAUCAAAGGAGUUGCUAACAGAUGCGUCUACAGCACGUCUAAAGCUGCCGUCAUUGGACUGACCAAAUCAGUGGCAGCUGAUUUCCUGGAGCAAGGGAUCCGCUGCAAUUGUGUCUGCCCUGGAACUGUAGAUACGCCAUCUUUACGUGGGAGAAUUCAGGCCAGUACUGAUCCAGACCAGGCUUUUAAAGACUUUAUGGCCAGACAAAAGACUGGAAGAAUGUGCACGGCAGAGGAAGUGGCACAUCUGUGUGUGUACUUGGCCUCAGAUGAGUCUGCCUACGUAACAGGAACAGAAGCCAUCAUUGAUGGAGGGUGGAGACUCUGAGGAUGUUUUAUCACUGGCCAAAUCUAAAAAAAUCAAUGCUGCUGUGGGUCCUUCCUGAGUUCUGUAAAUCCAUGUCUUGAUUUCAUUGAAUAUUGAAUCGUUCUUAGACAAUGCUUGCAGUUUAUAAACUACAUAUUAUGUGUUAUUUCCCUCCUGUAUUUCAUAAUUCUAAUCAUGGGUCUUGUUACUAUAUUGUGGAUGUCAAGCUCACUUAUGAACCGAACAUCAUGUCAUCUAAUUUUCAGUUUUGUUGAAAAAUGAAUUGCUUGGUUGAAAUAAUUGUCAAAUGUAAUCAACAUUAUUUUGUCAGUUACUAUCUUCUUUUAGACAUCUUAUUCGUGAUUUAAAAUUAAGAAUAGUAAACCAUGUUUUUUAUUAAAAAAAACUGAAACCCAUAGUUAGUAAUUUAAAAGAAUAACUCUUAGUGUUUAUUUAAUUUUUAUUAUAUGUGGCAUUUAUAUGUAAUACAAAUGAACCAUAUAAAGCAUAAAACACUGGGAUGUCGCAUGAUUAGGAGAUCAUAAUAAACAAAAGUCUUUUGACGA